CUACGUCAAUGGUCACGUGAGACGUAUGGCGCCUCUUGCGGCUCGACGCGUCCAAAUUUGAAAAAUCAAUAAAAACAGAUAAAUGCCAAUUUCGUGUUGAAAUGUUGCGUUAAAAGUGUUAAAGAAGCGCUUUUGUCCCGGAAAUCGUGUCGAAUUUCGCUUGGCAUAACUGUUGUUAUCGGUGGUGCGAUUUGUUGCGUUAGUAUCUCCCAGCUGUACCGUCGCUACUUAAAUAAGUUUCGUGGCUUCGAGCACUUAUUCCGCGACGAAAUUCGAGCGUGGAGCGAGUGAACGAGUGAAAAGUCAGGAAAAAACUUCGCGAAAGUACCGUUGUGUCAACAAUCAAGUGACCUAGUGAUGCUGUUUUGUCUUUGAUUUUUGACGUUUGCCAAAUUUCGCUACGUGUCAAAAAUUUCAGCUUUUUGGCAUUUUCUGUGCACAGUUCGAUGUUGGAUUUACAUGAAUCAGCCACACAAAAUUUAAUUAUGUCGAGGAAAAGGACCAGAAGUCGGUCGGAAGACAAUGUCGCCACCAACCAUGUCCAAAAUCUGACCAACUCGAUUUGUAGACCGGCACCGUUCAGCGAUGAGUCGGAAGCGAUCCGAAUCCGAGAAUUGUGCGAUUAUUCGCAAAGGAUCACCUACGAAAUGGCGUACAGUGGCAAGGCGCCGAGGCCGGUGCGGGUUUACGCUGACGGAAUCUACGACCUGUUUCAUCAAGGACAUGCGAGACAGCUUCUGCAAGCCAAAAAUGUGUUUCCCAACGUCUACCUCAUCGUGGGAGUGUGUAACGACAACCUGACGCAUAGUCAGAAGGGGCGCACUGUGAUGAACGAGGCAGAGCGCUACGAGGCGGUGCGCCACUGCCGUUACGUGGACGAAGUGGUCCGGGACGCCCCCUGGGAGGUGGACGAGGCGUACAUGUUGAAGCAUAAGAUCGAUUUCAUCGCCCACGAUGACCUGCCGUAUGGCACCGACGACAGCAACGACAUCUACGCCCCUUGGAAAGCUAAGGGGAUGUUUGUAGCGACAGAGCGCACCGAAGGAGUCUCCACGUCGGAUAUUGUCGCUCGGAUAGUCCGAGAUUACGAUAUCUACGUGCGAAGGAACCUGGCGAGGGGCUACUCGGCCAAAGACCUUAAUAUUUCCUAUCUCAGUGAGAAGAAAAUUCGCCUCCAGAAUAAAAUGCAUGAGCUGAAGGAUAAGGGUAAGAGGGUGAUUGAUACGAUAGGGGAGAGGAAGGACGAUAUGAUCGCCAAGUGGGAGGAGAAGUCGAGGGAGUUUAUUGAGAAUUUCCUCUUGUUGUUCGGGAGGGAGAGACUGACGAAUAUUUGGAAUGAGUCUAAAGGGAAGAUUAUGAAUGCGUUGAGUCCCCCGAGCUCGCCCAUACCACCAGCCUCCCCCACGAAUGGAGUGUGCGAUUUCGGUGAGGAAGGGAUCCCCCCGAGGAAAAACGCCCGAUAUGAAUCGCCGUCGUCCUCAUCGUCAGCUAGGACCAAAUAUUUGAGUGAAGAUUAUAGUGAUGAGGAUGAGUUUUUUCCGGUGGAAAAUGGAGUGAAAGAGUAAUUUUGGUUUAUAUUGUUCAAAUUUUGUGUAAAUGUACCACGAUUUAUUAUAUUAUUAUUUAUUUACGUGUUAUUUAUUGUUUGUGCCAAUUUUUUGUCGUAGUUUGCGUCACCGUCCAUUAAAUUACGACAAGAAAUUACCAUCGUGAUUGCGACAAGUAAUUUUAUUUAGAAUAAUGAUGAGUCCCGCUUAUUUGCAUUGAAAACAAACUUAUGAAAUCUUUGCCAAAAUAAUAUGCGCAUUCACACUGUAAACAUUUUUUUAUUUAGCUGUAUUUUAUACGUAUUUCGGGGGUUAUUCUAGUGUUAAACUCAUCGUUAGACGUUCUCUGAUAUUAGAAUUGAGUAUUAAUUGUCAAGUGAUAAGAAUAGGGUUAAUAUUUUCUCCACAAGUGUGAUUACGACAUGUACUGCAGAACUGAUAACAGCUUUAUUAUCUGUUAAUAAUUGUCAUAAACUAGACCUGGAUGUGAUCUACAAAUAUGAUCCUAUUUUUGUAGACUAUUUACAAGCACUUUGUUUUAUAGUAUUUUAGUGAUGAUAACAUGAAAAUAACUAAGCCAAAGCUGUGUUAGGAAAAAUCAAAAUUAUGCUCUGGCAUAAAGUUAGCACGUUUUGAACAUUGUUUGCGAAUUUUUGAAUACACACCAAAGCUAAAGCAAUCGAAAUUGGAUUUUGUUGAUACAUAAAUUUAUGUAAUGAAAUAUUCGCCAAGUCUGUAUGUAUAUUUUAUCAAUAAAGUUUUUUGGUUACGAA